AAAUAGAGUUGAAGGUACUCUCAAGCCCACUGUAUCCAGUACACAGCUCUGGUUACAGUGGGCAAAUACUGCUUAAUAUUGCCCAUGUACAGUGUCCAACCGCUCACUUCCCUGCUACCAAGGAGCAGUGUCGGACCAGCCAGCUUUCAACAGGAAGAGUGAUAGUGUCAGAACCAGCAGCCAACAUGCCCAAAAUCGCUGUGCCCGCAGAGGAGAAUCAAGGGAAGACGGAUGAUCGCACACGUGCGAUUGCAGAGCGUGUGUUUGCUUCGGAGACCAAAGAUGAUGAUGUCCGUGACGAGAUAUCCCUGUUUGAUGUGCCUGAUGACUGUCCUAUCCUCAACCAAGAGAUGGCCCAACAUGUAACUGAGGAUGAUAAUGAGGAGAAGCGUAAGAAGUAUCUCAGUCGCACUCAGACUGUGCUAGAAGAUAAACCAACCUACUUGGAGGUCCCUCACUUCCAGAGAGUGUCCAUCACUGGCGACUACGCUGCUGGGGUGACCAUGGAUGACUUUGAGCUGGCUUGUAAGGGUCUGUACCGUGCCCUGACCAUCAGAGAGAAGUACAUGAAGUUGGCUUUCCAGAGAUUCCCCGACACUCCCUCUCAGUUCUUACGCAAGAUUGAAGGAGAGCAGUGGAAAGCUGAAGACCGAGUGCACCCUGUCUUCACCUCUCCUCCUAAGUCUGGUGAGGAUCCCUUCUGCACGAAAGACUUCCCUCCUAACCUCGGCUACGUCGCUCGCAUGAAGGAUGGAGUUAUCUAUGUGUACAAAGAUGCAGCAUCUGCUGAUAAACACCAGCCUCUGAACAACCCCGGUCCAGAUCUUGUCACCUUCUUAGACGACAUGAACUUCCUCAUCGCCUUGAUUGCUCAGGGCCCAACAAAGACAUACACUCAUCGUCGUCUGAAGUUCCUCAUGUCAAAAUUCAAUGUGCAUGAGAUGCUGAAUGAGAUGGAGGAAAUGAAAGAGCUGAAGAAAAAUCCUCACAGAGACUUUUACAACUGCAGAAAGGUUGAUACUCACAUCCACGCUGCUGCCUGCAUGAACCAGAAGCAUCUCCUCCGCUUCAUCAAGAAAUCCUACCGCGUGGAUGCGGAUCGUGUGGUGCAUGUUCUGAAGGGCAAGGAAAUGACCAUGAAGGAGCUUUUUGCAUCUCUUAAUCUGCACCCCUAUGACCUGACUGUCGAUUCUCUGGAUGUGCAUGCUGGCAGACAAACCUUCCAGCGUUUUGAUAAAUUCAAUGCCAAGUACAACCCUGUGGGUGCCAGUGAGCUGCGGGAUCUUUAUCUGAAGACUGAGAACCACAUAUCCGGAGAGUAUUUUGCAACCAUUAUUAAGGAAGUUGCUAGUGACCUGGAGGAUGCCAGAUAUCAGUACGCAGAGCCUCGUCUGUCCAUCUAUGGCUGUAACCCUAAUGAGUGGACUAAGCUUGCAAGCUGGUUUAACAAGCACAGAGUCUUUUCUCCUCACCUCAAGUGGAUGAUUCAAGUGCCCAGAAUCUAUGAUAUUUUCAGAGGCAGGAACUUUGUGCCACACUUUGGAAAGAUGCUGGAAAACAUCUUCCUCCCUGUUUUCCAGGCCACCAUUGACCCAAACUCCAACCCAGAGCUCAGUGUCUUCCUGAAGCAUGUGACUGCCUUUGACAGUGUUGAUGAUGAGUCCAAACACAGCGGUCACAUGUUUUCCACAAAGAGCCCCAAACCUGAGGAGUGGGACGUCGUGAAGAGCCCAUCAUAUUCUUACUGGAUUUACUACAUGUAUGCAAACAUUGCCCGACUCAACCAGCUGCGCAAGGAGAGAGGUAUGAACACAUUCCAGUUCAGACCUCACUGUGGUGAAGCUGGAGCGGUCACUCACCUGCUGGCCUGUUUCAUGACUGCAGACAACAUCUCUCACGGUCUCAACCUCAAAAAGAGCCCUGUCCUGCAGUAUCUGUAUUACCUAGCCCAGGUCCCCAUUGCCAUGUCCCCACUCAGCAAUAACAGUCUGUUCCUUGAGUACAACAAGAAUCCUCUGCUGGAGUUCCACAAGAAGGGACUGAUGGUCUCUCUGUCCACUGAUGACCCUAUGCAGUUCCACUACACUAAGGAGCCCCUUAUGGAGGAAUAUGCCAUUGCAGCCCAGGUGUUCAAGCUCAGCACCUGUGAUAUGUGUGAGAUUGCCAGAAACAGUGUUCUCCAGAGCGGCCUGUCUGCUGAGGAAAAGAUUCACUUCCUUGGUACCAACUACCUGAAGGAUGGUCCCGAAGGUAAUGACAUCCGCAAAACCAACUUGGCUCAGAUACGCAUGGCCUACCGCUACGAGACCCUGUGCUAUGAGCUGAACCUCAUUAGAGAGGGCGUGAUGGCUGACUAAACAUGUAAAGUGGAUUGUUCUUCACUCUUCUUAAAUGUCACUUCCAACAACAUUUAUAUUAUGAUCAAUGUGAAGCCCAUGAGAUAACAUCCAUGAAACAUAGCCUAUAUCUUAAUGAGAAUUGACACUCCAGAACAUAUUGAGUCUUCUUGUACACAGGAGUCCGAUUCAUCAUUGGCUUGUGCAUUGUGUCUUAUAUCUGAUCUGUAAGUGAGGUUUACAGUUAACUAAGUUUACAUCUACUUUGUGCCUUAAUGUAUCAUGUUUUUGUGGUCGUACUUUGGAAAAAAGCCUGUUGCAGUUGACUCAAUAAACAAAAUCUAUAUUUAAAAUGA